CGGGCUUGGGCACAAACAAGUCCGUUAACCCGGCUUAAGGGAUAAUAGAGCUCAAUUCUUUACUGUCUACUUAAGCAAUUCUUCUCUGGCGCGUCCACGUCGCGGGGGUGGACAUCACAUCUUCCAGUAGGCCGGGAGGUGUAGAUGACUAAGUUCAGCAGAAGGACCCAGUGCUGUGGGGUAUAACAUGGCUCCCUGCCUAGGGAUACAGGUGAAGACCUCAACGGUGGUGAUGGCGAAGUUGUUUUCGAAACAGAAGUCGGCAGAUCCAGCGGAAGGGGCGAGCCUUGUCAUAAAGGCGUAGUUUCUAUGACCUGGGGUUGAAAGCAGCAAUUCCAGUACUUGCAUAAGGACAAGGCUAUAGUAGCUUAAAGGGCUUAUGUAAGAUAACCGUGGGCGCAGUCGACACCUUCGGCGCGACGGCCACGGCACUGCGAUGACGGAAGGCAACGGGAUACCACCGUCAUUAUUUUCCCUAGUAGUCAGCACAAUGAACAGUACAAGGAAAGAUAUGGCCCCGAGUCCCCGGCGUCCCUUAAAUGGGACAGGGGUGCUAAGAAUCUCCGGAGGGAAAUCUAACAAAUUAAAUAAGACAAGGAUAGGAACAUGGAAUGUAAGAGGAAUGCGACAACCCGAAAAACUUCCAAAUAUUAUUAAGGAGAUGGAUCGCCUAAAAUUAGACAUCUUAGGUCUAAGCGACACAAAAUGGCCAGGUCAAAAUAAAUACCAUACCCCAGAAGGAAAAAUUCUUUAUUACUCGGGUAGCGACCAACAAUUUGAACCAUAUGGUGUUGGGGUUCUAAUGAACAAAGAGACUUCCAGAUAUGUGACAAAUUUUCUCCCGCUAUCAAACCGUGCUAUGCUUGUCCAGCUGAACGCAUAUCCGGUUAAUAUCAAUAUAAUAGUUGUUUAUGCUCCGACUGCCGACAAACCUAUAAUUGAGAUCGAAGAGUUUUAUGGGCAAAUAGACACACUAAUGCAGCAAACAAGAAAACACGACAUAACCCUUUUAAUUGGUGAUUUAAAUGCAAAAGUAGGUUCAACGUCAGUGCCAGGAGUGACGGGCUCAUAUGGUCUGGGAUCGAGAAAUGAUCGAGGUGAUAUUUUAGUGGAGUUUUGUCAGGAUAAAGAACUUACGAUCACCAAUACCCUCUUUAAGUUGCACCCGCGCCGCUUAUACACUUGGACGUCACCGAGACAUAAUUCUAGCCAUAUAAUGCGGAACCAGAUAGACUACAUCAUAAUAAACCGUAGGUUUCGGAACUCUAUUAAGAACGCUGUUUCCUACCCGGGUGCGGAUAUUAAUUCAGAUCACAACCCUGUCGUUGUUACGCUGCAGUGCAAAUUUAAGCACAUGCAAAAAUGUUCAAGGAGAUCUGUAAUUGAUACUAAAAAAUUGAAAGAGCAUCACACUAGAGCAGCAGUAUCAAACUCUAUCAAUCAAUGGGCACAACAACAGCUGGAUAACAUAAAGUCGCCUUUAGUAUCUUGGUCGAAUCUAAAAGAAAAAGUCGCCGAUAUUUGUCACUCCUUAUUGGCACCAAAUCGCCGUGUCAAGAAACAACAAUGGAUGACGGCUGAAAUUUUAGAACAGAUGGAGGAACGCAGAAUGUUUAAGAUCAAAGAUCCUAGUAAAUACGCCGAGAUUAACAAAGUAAUAAAGAGGAAAAUAAAAAUUGCCAGGAAUAACUUUUAUAAGGACAAGUGUGAUCGCAUAGAACAUCUUUUGCAGAAACACGAUAACUUUAAUCUUCAUAAAGAAGUUAAGGAGUUAGCAGGUCUGAACAAAAAACCUAAUUUCAACAUACUGUGUGACGACCAUGGCAGGUACCUUGUUGACCGGGAAAGUAAGAAGCGUAUUUGGAGUGACUAUAUCAUGAAAAUGUUUGCUGAUACUUCGAGAAGUAUUAGUGGUUUAACCACGGAUGAUACCGGACCGCCCAUACUAACAUCCGAAGUAAAGCGAGCUUUGCGAGUAGCCAAAACAGGAAAAGCGCUUGGCCCAGACAACGUACCUAUUGAAGUUCUCAAGCUUUUAGAAGACGAUUAUUUAGAAGCUAUAACGCGUCUCUUCAACCAGGUCUAUGAAUCGGGUAUGCUUCCUGAAGACUGGCUCAGGUCGACGUUUAUUACUCUUCCCAAAAAAGCAAAAGCUAAAAAGUGUUCAGAGUAUCGUACGAUCAGCCUUAUGAGCCACGUAUUAAAGGUGUUUUUGGCUAUAAUUCACGAUAGGAUACGACCACUAUGUGAUGAGCAACUUGGGGAAAGUCAAUUUGGCUUCCGGUCAGGUAUGGGCACCCGAGAGGCACUGUUUGCCCUGAACGUACUGGUCCAGAAAUGUCAAGAUAUGCAGAUUGAC